AUGGCGAGAAUCACACCAGGCGAGCAAGGCGUCAUCAAAGUCAAAGCCCUAGACGAGGAAGGAAAGAGACUCUUCGACGACCUAUGCGAGGCCUCUCGAAGAGGUGAUUUAGAAGCCGUCGAUACGCUGGUAACGAACUACAACGUCGACGUAAACCAAGUCGACGAAUUCGAUUACUCACCCCUCAUCCUCGCCUCGUUGUGCGGACACGUCACGAUUGUCACUUACCUCCUCGAGCACGGCGCCCGCUGCGACCGGGAUACAUUCCAAGGCGAACGGUGUAUCUACGGCGCACUAACCGACGAGAUUCGAGGGAUAUUGCUGAAGUAUGACUUGAGUAAGGCUGUUGAUACGAGUCAGCCGUUCGCGUCGCAUAUAACGAGGGAGUUGUUGGGGAAGGGGGUGGGGAGCGAUGUGGUGUUUAGGGCUGUGGGUGGAGACGGGAACGUGGAUUUUGAGUUACACAAGUUCAUCCUCGCUGCCCGAUCACCAUACUUCAAACGGAACCUACAAACCCGCUGGAGAGGCAAAAAGCUCAUCAAACUCGCACCAAUCGUGCAUCCACUCACCUUCGAAGCCGUCAUCAAAGUCCUCUACAUCGGCGAACUCCUCUCCCUCCCCCCCGAACUUAGCGAAAACCUCAGAGUGGUGACAAAGAGUCUCGAGAUGGAGGAGGUGGGGGAGAUGUUGAUGAGUGGGCGGGAGAAGAAGAAUUUGAAUGAUUUGAGGAAGGAGUUGGUGAGGAAGGCGCAAGGGGAUAUGGGUGCGUGGGUCCGUGACCAAGUCAUCGGGAAAGUGCGAAAAGUCGACAAAGAAGAAGAUAUCGACAACGUUGUCGCACGGAUACGGGAGGAGGAGGUUUUUGCGGAUGUGGUACUACGCGGCGGGGGUGUCUUGUUGUACCCAGCACAAAAAGCAAUGCUCUCCCGCUCCGAAUAUUACCAACUAAUGUUCUCCGGCCCCUUCUCCGAAUCCCACUCCCCCACCCUCCCCACAGUCCUCCUAGACGUCAACCCCCGCCUCACACCCCUCAUCCUCGAAUUCAUCUACACAGACCGCGUGGCACACAUCCCACCCCCUCACGCCCUCGACCUGGUCUUCGCAGCCGAUAUGUUACUCCUCGAUCGUUUGAAGAGUUUAGCCGCAAUCGAGAUAACCAAAACGCCCCCGGAGGACCCGCCGGAGGGGGUGUCGAUGUAUGAUGUCUUACGCGCAGCAUGGUCAACCCGAACUGAACGCCUCGAACACCACGCCGCGUCACAUUUCGCUGCACAUCUCGAAACAUACCUAACAUCCCCUCUCUUCGCCUCCAUCGUCUCCGAGUCCGCAUCACGGAUCUCCUCGCGUCAGGAGACCGAUACGAUUGAGUUGAUUGAUGAUAUUAGGUAUUAUUUGGGGUUGAGGUAUGGGAUUUUGAAUGAGUUGGUGGAUGAGAGGGGGAGGGUGCAGGGGGAUGGGCCGGGAGGUGGGGUUGCGUUGGGUUGGGGGGUUGGGGAGACGGAGUGGGAGAGGGAGUAUAAUGAGAGGGUUUUGGCGAUUGAGGAGUUGUUGGAGGGGUUGGGGUUGGAGGCGUAG